GGAGAUUUUUCCAGCCUUAUUUUCUAAUCUCUCAUCUCAUGCCCUAUUAUUAUUAUAUCUAUCCCUCCUUGCCUUUUUCCCCUUUGUCACUCACAUUCAUCAACUCCCUAUGAAAAACCCAUCCCACACUCUUCCUCUUCCACUCUAGAAACCAGACCCCUCACCUGCUUCUACAUAAACACACUCUCCCUCCCUCCCCACCCCAGCCACAACUUUCAUCCAACACCUUGCCCGCACUCUCAAUUUGCAUUCUUCUAGGUUUAUUUUCUCCAAACCAAAAACCCUUGAAUCCCGUUCUGAUUUGCUUCCUUGCCAUGGACCUCAUGAACCUCGGUCGCCAUCUUGAUCAGCUAAACGGUGUUCACCUCCACGACAACCAACUGCCGCCGGGGUUUCGCUUCCACCCUUCCGACGAGGAACUCAUCAGCUACUACCUCCUCAAAAAGGUCAUGGACUCCAACUUCACUUGUCGCGCCAUAGCCGAAGUUGACCUCAACAAGUGCGAGCCAUGGCAGCUCCCUGAGAAAGCAAAGAUGGGGGAGAAAGAGUGGUACUUCUUCAGCCUCCGCGACAGGAAAUACCCGACUGGCCUUCGCACCAACCGUGCCACUGAAGCCGGGUACUGGAAAGCCACCGGGAAAGACCGAGAGAUUUACAGCUCCAAGACUUGUUCCCUUCUUGGGAUGAAGAAGACUUUGGUUUUUUACCGCGGCCGAGCUCCCAAGGGUGUGAAAAGUAACUGGGUCAUGCAUGAGUACCGCCUUGAAGGCCGAUUUGCUUACAAUUACCUCCCCAGGAACUCCCAGGAAGAGUGGGUCAUUUCGAGGGUAUUCCAGAAGGCCAAGAAGAGCAAUGGACCCGAAUCCAAGAAGACCCGAAUGAUUGGGUCCAGCGGGUACCCAGCCGAGCCCAGCUCGCCUUCUUCCUCCUCUGUCUCACUGCCACCACUUUUCGACUCCUCCCCUUACUACCCAACCGUCCCUUUCUCCAACGGCAAUGGUUCCCUCACCGACCGUGACAGCUGCUCCCACGACAACCGUACCCCGAGGGAGCACGUGUCCUGUUUCUCCACCAACAGCGACUCCGCCAACACCGGCACUUUCAACCAUCUCAUGACUUCCUUGGACCUCGCUCCGCCGCCGCAGCCGCAGACUUCGCUCCACUUGUCUGGCGGCUUCGGCGGCCUCUCGGACUUUCCGAGCCUCAGGUCUCUCCAGGAGAAUCUCCACCUGCCCUUCUUCUUCCCGCAGGGACUGCAGCCCCACCAGCCCUACUCCGGGGCCGGUGGCUCCUUCGACCUCGGUGACUGGAGCUCACUCGGAAACUGGCGUGGCGCCGCUGCCGAAGAGCCCAGGGCUGUGGGUCCAACCGAGGCCGAUUGCAUGUGGACGUACUAAAAAGGAGGGUGGUUCCGAGUCGUCGUUGAAAAACUGAGACUGGCAUUUGUGGUGUCUCUGGUAUCAGUAUCAGGGUCAGUUUCGGUAUUUCAGUACGUAUUAUCUAUAACCUAAAGUCGCUGCUUUGAAAGUGACGAACCCAGUCUAUCUAUAUCAGGUCGCAGUGGACCUGAAUUUCUAUUAUAAGUGUUGUAUGUAAUGACUCUUCUCCUAUGGUUUGUGUUACGUAUUUGACAAGGUAAUGAUGAUGGUUAGUAAUAUGCUUAUUUGCUGUGGUCUACUUCUGGGAAAGUUUGAGAGGUAUGUUUCUGUUUGUUGUAUGGGAAGAAGAAUAGUGACUGGUUACUGAAUCCGCCUGCAUGAUCCAGCUUAAUUAUUAGUUAUCAUGCAGAAGAUUUUUGUCAUAAUUUGGUUGCCUUAAUUAGUAUUGCACGUAUGGUUCUGAGAUCAUGGUUUAAGAACAGAAAGGGACUUAUAUGGACAUUGUUCAAUGUUGUUUGGACCACCCUAGCUCCUUAUCCUUAUGGUUUCUGCAUGGUUUCGUCACAAUAAACUAAGAUGCUCUGAUCUUUCAUUGAUUUCUGCAUUGGGUUCACCAAUUAACGCAUCACAGAUGUAAAAUUUAGGAAUUGAAAUGUAAAAUAUGUAUUAGGGUUAUUUUCAUGGACAUUAAUGUUCAGAUUUUAAAAAUUAUUUCCGGCUUAUUUUUAAUGUCCGACGAGCCAAGAAGUAUAUGAGAGAUGUUGAGAAGAUUGACGCAUCCUCACUAAAAAGGAUAUAUAUCUGUAGAAUAAUUCCGCUCCGAAGGUAUCAUGGGAUCGCCUAUUUGUCACCCGGCCGGUUCCCUUCAGUUUCAUGAAUAUCACCAUUGCAUUCAUCUCUAGCUAGCUAUUGAAAUGCAGAUUGAGGCUUCCUCGAUCACGAAACGAUCAUUCUCCCUACGUACAGUACACUCAUGUCCUUUAAAGGGCGUCGGUAGAAUUUUCGGAAACGAAAGGGAUCAAAGGACCAAGUAGCAUAACUUGAAACUCCCUCAUGGAGUCAUCGAUCUGUAACUUUUGUAGUGAAAAUGGGUACUCAA